AUGGCUUCACUUGCAGAAACGCCCGCUAAAGGGACAUAUGUCCCUUCGGGGCCAGAUGAUAUAAGAGGUCCCUGCCCGCUUAUAAACUCUCUUGCAAAUCACGGUUAUCUCCCCCGCAAUGGCCGAAAUGUUCAUGUCGAGGAAGUUCUCGCAGGCCUGGAUGUAGUCGGACUCUCCAAGCCUCUUGCUGCAGCCUUUGCCAACCCCAUCUUCCAGGAGCGCGCGCCCUCAAAAUUCCACGAUGACCCCGUCCCAAAGAGAUCUCUAGUACAAAACUUGUGGAGUUCAGUCAGUGAUCCAUGGUCCGUCCUUGGGCGAUUCGGCAUGCGCAAGCCGGGUCAGUUAGAUGCCGAGGGGCGCAGAGUCAUAAACUUGGAUCAGCUUGGUCUUCCCAACACGGUAGAGCACGACGUAUCCCUGACUCGUCGGGAUCAUCAGCAAGGCGACAAUAUCACUCUUCAGCAAGAUCUCGUCGAGGAUCUCUUGGCCAGUUCCAAGGAUGGGAAGGUAAUUACGGCGAACGACUUGGCAGAGUUUCGCAAGAAACGCAUCGCUAGACAGAAAGCAGAUAACCCAGGUCUUCAAUAUGGAGCCUUUGAGCAUGACCUCGCCUGUGCUGAGAUUGCACUUAUACUUAACGUUAUCGGAACUGGUGAAAGUGUGUCGUGCAGUUAUGCCAAAGCUUUCCUCCAAGAGGAGAGGCUGCCUAUUGAAGAGGGUUGGAGGAAAGGCGGGUUCGGCUUGGUCGAAUUGAUCACCAAAAGAAACAAUAUAAGGAAGUUGAUUGGCUUGGAGCUUUGA